CAGCUAGAGCAAGAGAAUGCAACACUUGAAGCGAAGCUUGCAACUUGUGUAGUUGAGAUGAGGAAGUUAAGGGAUUCAAUGGAGGCAAACAAAAAGGCAUUCACUGAAUCAAAUUUAAGGUGAAAGAAAGAAAAUGAAACACUGGGAAGAAGUUUGCCAGUUAUGAAGCCGAGUUCAAGAAGUUGAAGGAUCCACAGGAGCCAGUGAAAAAUGCGUUGAACGAAUCGAAUUCAAGGCUGGACCAAGAAAAUGCAGUACUUAGAAUAUAACUCACUAACUGUGAAGGUGAGCUUAAGAAGCUGAGGAAUUCAAUGGAGGCAGGCAAAGAUGCUGGAGCAAGAAAAUGGAGCUCUUAGAGAGAAGGUUUGCCACCGGUGAAGCUGAGACAAGGAAGUUAAGGAAUUCAAUAAAGACGGCCAGAAAUGCAUUGUCUGAAUCGAAUUCAAGGCUAGAGCAAGAUAAUAGAAAUCUAGGAGAGAAGCUUGCUACUUGUGAAGCUGAGGUGAGGAAGUCUAGGGAUACUAUGGAGGCAUGCAAAAAUGCACGGACUGAAUCCAUUUCAAGGCUAGAGCACGAAAAUGGACACCUUAAAGAGAAGCUUGCUACCUGUGAAGUUGAGCUGAGGAAAUCUAGGGAUUCAAUGGAGGCAGGCAAGAAUUCAUUGACUGAAUCCAUUUCAAGGCUAGAACACGAAAAUGGUGAGCUUAAAGAGAAGCUUGCCAGUUGUGAAGCUGAGCUGAGGGAGUUGAGGGAUUCAAUGAAUGCAAGCAAAAAUGCAAUGAAUGAAUCAAACUGAAAGCUAAUGCAAGAAAAUAGAGAACUUGGAGAAAGCUUUCAUGUGAAGGUA